AUGCACGCACGGAACCGAUACCGCUGCCCCCUUGGCGGCCGCAUUGUGCGCUGUCGCCUCCUCAGCACCGCCACCACUGAAACUGCCACAAUGUCGCCCCACCCGAAGCGCCCCAAGCUCUGUUCCUCUCCCGUGCAAGAGGAGACACAGGAGCAACAGCAGCAGCAAGGGACGUCGCAAGACCAGCAACAGCAGCAACAAGGCCAGCAGCAGCAAGGGACGCAGCAGCAGCAGCCGCAGGAGCAAGGCACGUCACAAGACCACCACCAGCAGCAGCAGCAGCAGCAGCAGCAGCAGCAGCCGGGUCCGAUGGCAGGCGUGCUCAUGGGCGAUGCCAUGGAUGAAAGCGACGACUAUGACGACUAUGACGACUAUGACGACGACGGUGACAGCGAUGAUGACGGUCAUGGCAGCGACGGCGACAACGACGACGUCAACGACGACGACGACGACGACGGCCUCACAAUGCGUGACGUGCCUGUCGUGACCCAGCCUGAUGCGCUUCUGGCCGCACUGCGGCAAUCGCUGGCACCCGUGGACCGCGCACUCCGCUCUAACCACCGCGGCCGCAGCACACCGCGGGUCAAGCAGUCCGAAUCACCGCCCCCGGACGAGGCCUUGAAGAGGCGCAUGGUGCGGCUGAAGAAGAACACCGCUGCACUCGGCGCCGGCGACCUCAAGCGGAAGGAAAUGGAGGACCGCUUCCGCGCCGACGAGCGCGACGGCCGGCUGUCGAGCGAGCCCGUGUAUGGCGCCAUGGCAAGCUGCAUGCGGCCCGUGACACCAGCACCGCGCCUGUUUGAGCUGGCAGACGUGCGCCGCGUCCCACGCACGACGCGCCGGUGCAAGAGCGAGCCGCGAGGCAACAAGCCCCGCCUGCACUUUAUGGGCCGUCCCCGACGCAACUCCCUCUGAGGUGAUCCGCGCUUGUGUAUAUGAGGUGUAUGUGUGUGUAUAUGAGGUGUGUGUGUUGUUGUUGUUGUUGUUGUUGUUGUUGUUGUUGUCGUUGUUGU